AUGACCUACCCAUCUACCUACACGGCCUACCGUCGCAGCGCCGGUCAAGAGAAGGCCUCUCGUCAAAACCCUCUCACCCUUGAGCAAAGCCAAGAAAAUCUGCCGCAAGAAAAAGACCUCGGCCCCAACGAUGUAGUCAUCAAGAUCCACGCUGUAUCGCUCAACUACCGCGACGUCGCUAUGCUGGUAGCUGAGUACCCGCCUGCUGUCACGGAACAAGGCAUCCCAUGCUCUGAUGCCUCCGCCGAGGUCGUCGGUUUGGGCUCUGCAGUCAAGAACUUCAAAGUGGGAGACAUUGUUGCCCCGAUUUGCAAUCAAGGCGACUUUCAUCCCACGGAUGACAGCAUCUCGGUGGCUAUCGGUGCGAACGGUGCGGGUGUACUGAGGGAGUAUGCCGUUUACCAGGAGAAGCACUUGGUGCACCUGCCGAAGCAUUUGUCGUGGGAGGAGGGCGCAAUGUUACCGUGUGCAGGUGUCACUGCUUGGAAUGCGCUGGAUUCGUUGGAGACGGUACAAGAGCACUCUAGUGCUCUACUACAAGGCACCGGCGGCGUUUCCAUGUUCUCCUUACUGCUUUGCCUCGCCGGCGGCAUCACUCCAAUCAUAACCUCAUCCUCGAACGACAAGAUCAAGGCGAUCCAAGAUCGGAUCAGCGACAAAGUCCGCGGUCUAAAUUACAAGACCGACGACCAAGCUGCCAAGAUCAAGGAACUUACAAAUGACCGCGGCGUCGAUUUCGUAGUCAACAACACUGGCGUCGGCUCCCUUAUCGAUGAUAUCUCUUACCUGUGCGCUCGCGGCGGCACUGUCUCGCUAGUCGGCUUCCUCGCCGGCUGGGAAGCGGAUUGGAAGCCAGCUCAGCUGAUGGCCCUGAUGGGUAAGGGCGCCAAGCUCAAAGGCAUCGCUGUAGGAUCGAAGAAGGAUUUCGAGGAUAUGAAUGCGUUCAUUGAGGACAAGAAGGUCAAGUUUGAUGUCAUGCUUGACAAGACGUUUGGGUUCGAGGACGCGAAGAAGGCCUUUGAUCUUCAAUUGUCGGGCAACUUUUCUGGUAAGAUUGUCAUCAAGGUCGCGCAGUGA